AAUCCUUCGAUCCCAAUCUUGAUUUUGAAAAACAUAAAACGGUCUUGGUAAGAUUUCGAUUUUGCCAACGUCAGUUGGUGUUAUCAACCUGGUUGCCUUAUUGCGGGCCCCACCUAAACCGCUUAUGCUUUCUAGCACAUUUGAAGACUAUAUUUACCGAAUUUAAAAGUGUCGUCUGAUCAUAUCGAUCGAAUUACAACUUGAGCAAUUCUGAAUGGAGACGUCUCACAAACAGGUGGUGCUCAUUACAGGAUGCUCCUCCGGCGGCAUCGGGAACGCCCUGGCCCGCGCUUUCGCCGCCAGGGACUGUCUCGUUGUUGCGACGGCGCGUUCGCUUUCUUCCAUGCCGGAUUUGAACGAUAAGAGUGAUAUGUUCUUUCUUCAGGAACUUGAUGUGUUGAGGGAUGAGAGUGUUGUAGAGGUUGUCUCGAAUGUAAUCGAUAAGUUUGGGCGGAUCGAUGUUCUUGUCAAUAAUGCUGGAGUUCAGUGUAUUGGUCCUCUUGCAGAAAUCCCUCUUUCUUCCGCUCAACAUACGUUUAACACCAAUGUUUUCGGUACUUUAAGGUUGAUUCAAGCCGUUGUUCCUCACAUGGCAUCUAGAAAGAAGGGAAAGAUUGUGAACAUUGGAAGUAUAUCUGCUAUGACCCCUGGACCAUGGUCAGGAGUCUACAAUGCAUCUAAAGCUGCUAUACAUUCGCUAACUGAUACAUUACGGUUGGAAUUGAAGCCAUUAGGGAUCAAUGUAACUAAUGUUGUACCUGGAGCCAUAAGAUCAAACCUUGGGGAUUCAGCAAUAUCCAAUUACAGUAAGAUGCCGGAAUUGAAACUGUACAAGAAAUACGAGGUCGCAAUCAAGAAACGAGCUUAUUUUUCACAAGGACCAAAUGCGACUCCAUCUCAAGAAUUUGCAGAAAAGACAGUAGAUGCAAUCCUCAAACAAGACCCUCCUUCUUGGUUCUCUUAUGGUCAAUAUUCCACUAUAUCUGCCAUUAUAUACCAUUUGCCUAUUUUUCUUAAAGAUUUCAUUUUAAAGAAGGCUAUGAAAUGUUAGUUUUCCAUUUCUGUAACUUGUUAUAAGACGAUGAGGGUAUAAACUAUAAGAACUUUUCAUACACAAUGUGAUUAUCAGUUUAUGACAUGUGCAUAUAACAUAUUUGGGUUGUGGUUAAACAUUUUUCUAGAAGUCGUAUUUACAUUAUUGAUGAUAGAUAUUAGAUAAGGCUAUGUGUUUGAGCUGUUGGGUAUGAGAGUUAAAUUAUAUUAAAUUUUGUUCAUUUAAUAUUGGC